UGGAUGUGAGUAAAUACAGAGCAUCUUUAUUUUUGACUGGGGAUUGCGCCUGCAGUGCCUCCCCUCCGCCGUUAGAGGGCAUCGCUAUCAGAGCUGCGGGAGCUUCAAGGUAAUAACCUGCUUUACACACCGUAAACCACACAGGCAUCGUCACGCACCGGCCUGCAGGGAUCACCGCAUCUCGACGAGGGAAAAAAUAAGACGAGAAUUCUCAUUUUUGCUUUUGACGCGAGCAUAUUUUUCGUCCAGGGACGUUAAGGUAAUGUUUUUCUCCAUCCCGCAUGCCUGCUGGAAGAGGAUGUCAUUAUCUUCACGUCGUUGUCUCUGAUCAAGGUGAGGAAUGGAUAAUAUACGGCGAUUUCAGCGGAGAAUAACAUGAUCACCUGCGUAUUUUACCCUUAAAAUGACAUUCCGCAUCCACCCGAGCCUUUGUUUGAAAUAAUAAUGACCUUAUUCCUUUCUAUAUCAUCAUAAUGUUCUUUUAUUACAAUAACUGCAGACAGGCAGGUCAAAUGAACUAACGCGCAAACGCGCUCUUUGUUUGGUUGCGGGCGCGCGCUCAAUCAGUCAAUCAAUCAAUCCAUCCAUCGCCUUAUUUGCGCUUUCACGCGCGUGGAAUGCGUCGAGUCUAACGAAGCAUCUUCGAGGAGAGCAAUGGAGCCUUUCCUGCAGAUCGCGCCGCACUCUCUGGCCAUCGUGCUGUCGCGCGUCGUGGCGGAGGACGCGCCCGGAGUGACGGAGAGCGAGCAGCCGCCACAACAUCACACCGGCUACGAGAUAUUCGCCGACUUCAAAUCCCUAAACAUGAAAUAUUUCUGGAAUAAGAUGGUGGCCGAUGCCAUAGCUGAGACCUUCUUCCUGGGCUGGAUAGACGAGCAUGUGUUGCUGAUCCAGGGGAAGGAGGAUCACCUGGAGGUGUUGAGGGAGGCUUGGAUGAGGAGGUCCCUCAAACCACCGCAGGGCUUCGACAUCAAAUACCUCGGUGUUUUGGACAAGCACCAUGGCAGUGCCAUAACUUCUUUGGAUAUGUGGGAUGGUCAUUUUAUGGUGAUCUUUGAAGUACCUUGCUGCACCAUGCAAAUAUAGCAGUCUUUGAAUCUUACAAUCAUUUGCUAUGGUAUAUAUAUCAAAGUAGCUUUGUAUUACUAUAAUGUUUUCGACAUGGUGUUAUGGUUUUUGGAAAUAAACCAUGAUGAUGAUGAUGCCAUGGUUUUUGGAUAUG